CCUCUUCUCCUCUUGUUCUUUCCCCCAGUCUCUUCUCUCCACGUUGCUUUGAUUUUUCUUUCUCUCCUCUCUGUGAGGGUAGGGGACGUUUCACUGGAGACAGCAGGCAGUGUGUGCCCCAGAGAGAGAGAGACAGGCGCUGCCAGGGGAAGAAGCCGCAUGGAAGAAAGGUCCUCAGCUGCCAGGAGCCCAGCAAGACAGUGCUGCUGCUUGUAAAACCGGGAGUGCAGUGCCUUCUGGUGGCCCUAGCACCGCAGGGGAGCAGGUCUGGACAGUGGUCCCCGUCCUUGCCAGGUCUUCUUUUGCAGUACCUGGUAGAGACAGGAGCUGAGCCAGAGGAGAGCAUGGAAAUGCUGCUGUCCACUCCACACAGCAUUGAGAUCAAUAACAUCACCUGUGACUCCUUUCGCAUCUCCUGGGCCAUGGAGGGCAGUGACCUAGAGAGGGUCACUCAUUACUUCAUUGACCUCAACAAGAAGGAGAAUAAGAACUCCAACAAAUUCAAACAUAGGGAUGUGCCCACAAAACUGGUGGCAAAAGCAGUUCCUCUGCCCAUGACAGUGAGGGGUCACUGGUUCCUGAGCCCUCGCACAGAGUACAGCGUGGCUGUGCAGACAGCGGUGAAGCAGAGCGAUGGGGAGUACCUGGUGUCUGGGUGGAGUGAGACAGUCGAGUUCUGCACAGGAGAUUAUGCCAAAGAGCACUUGGCCCAGCUGCAAGAGAAGGCUGAACAGAUCGCUGGACGUAUGCUCCGAUUCUCUGUCUUCUAUCGGAACCAGCACAAGGAGUACUUUCAGCAUGCCAGGACUCACUGUGGGAACAUGCUUCAGCCUUACCUGAAGGACAACAGCGGUAGCCAUGGCUCUCCUACCAGUGGAAUGCUCCACGGUGUCUUCUUCAGCUGCAACACUGAAUUCAACACGGGCCAGCCCCCUCAGGACUCCCCAUAUGGCCGCUGGCGCUUCCAGAUCCCAGCCCAGCGCCUCUUCAACCCCAGCACCAACCUCUACUUUGCAGACUUCUAUUGUAUGUACACAGCCUACCACUAUGCCAUUCUGGUAUUGGCCCCCAAAGGCUCCCAGGGUGACCGUUUCUGCCGGGACCGCCUUCCCCUUCUGGACAUUGCCUGUAACAAAUUCCUGACCUGCAGUGUGGAGGAUGGGGAGCUGAUCUUCCGCCACGCCCAGGAUCUCAUCCUGGAGCUCAUCUACACGGAACCCGUCGACCUGUCGCUUGGCACGCUGGGUGAAAUCAGUGGACACCAGCUGAUGAGCCUUUCCACUGCUGAUGCCAAGAAAGACCCCAGCUGCAAGACCUGCAAUAUCAGUGUGGGGCGCUAGGGACUCCUAGGGGCUGGAGGGAGGAGGGAAUGGGUGGUGAGGGGACCGAUGUGGAGAGGACAAGGGAGAAGUGGUACAUGGGAGGGAACGUCAGUUGGCAUUGGGCUAGGGAGCUGGGCUUCUCUCUUGUCUCCUCCUGACCCCCAUUCCCAUGCCAUGCUGCCCUCUUUCCCCUUCUCUCCCAGCACCAGUGGGAUAGAGGGAGCGUGGGUGAAUGUAUCCCCUUUUCAGCUGGCACUGGCAACUUUUCACUCCCAUUGGAAGCAAGUCACAAAAACCCAUCCUUGUCCAGAAGGGCCUGGCUGUUGCUUCCAUAGGUGUGGCCCACCCUGUGUCUGAUGGAUUUGGCAAAGGUGUUGACCAGGUGUGGGUGAGCUGGCUUUUUUUGGAGGUUUCCUUUCUCUUCUAGUCUCCCUGUUCUGCUGUUCCCGCUUUACUCUUACCUGCCCCUAGGUAGUACUGCCCUAGUCCUGGAUACGGCUUCUGGUACUCAGUCCCAGCCCUCAUGACCACUCUUAGGCUUCAUCUUCCUGAAGCUUGUCUCCAGGAAAGACAUAUAGGGAGGCUUAGGGAGCUCUUCUCCUCAGCCCCAGCCCCCUUAUCCAGAGCCAACCGUAAAACUCCCCCGUGUCUUUUUUUGAGCCAUGCACUCAAAUACCUAUUCCCUAAGCAGCUCCCACCUCCAGGUCCAGACCUCUUUCCUCUAUAAAUAGUCUUCUUUCAAUGUGACUUCUUGGCUGUCCCUUGCCCCUGCUAUAUCCCUAGGAAUGGCUACCCUCACCCUACCCCAGGGGUCUCCUGCUUCCCAGAAUAGGGGCCUUCUUUCUUUUCUACACCUUGUGGGCACUUAGCUGUUGUUUUUUUCCCUUUCUUUUCCUUCCUGGGAGUUGAUGUGCCCUGAGACACCUGCCCCUUUGUCCCAAAGCAGCAGAACUCAGACUAUAAUUAAUUGAGGUUGAGGAUGGGGAACAAGGGGUAAAGAAGGCACUGGUACUCAGAAAUGCCCUUUCUCCAGCAGGAACAGACUCUUUACCCCAAUCAGGGCCAGCAUGGAGCUGGAGUGCACAGACUUUCCUCCAGGGGUCUCUGGCACCAUGCCUAGAUAGGCUGCUUCUCUCUCUAUUUGCCAUGAUUCUGUGCCUGUGUUGUAACUGUGCGUAAGUCAGACUGUGGCUUCUCCCACAACCACCUGCCCAGGCCUUUUCUUUUCACCUGGAGGAAUCUGGCAUAGCCUACCAGGGCCCAUUGCAUUUUGCCAGAGCAGGUCCCAAUUGGAUGUGGGGUCCCUCUUGUGUUGGGAUUACUUGAGACUCCCCAGGAAAACAUGCCAAGUUUGGGGCAGCCACCCAGGGCUUCCCAGUGAUUUCACAUAGUUGUUAUUUAAGCGUGAUCACAGGUUGGGGGUAGACUCCUAGGAAGGGGUCUGACAACAAGUGAAUCCCUUCUUGGGAUGGGUAGUUAAGGGGAGGUCAGAGCUUAAGUCAGGCAGAUAAGGAGGUAACAGCAGCUUUCAUAGAUAAGGAGAUAACCAGGCCAAAGGAGUAGCAGAUACUUUUCUGAGAACAAGACAACUUUAUCCCCAGAUGGAAGGAUUGAGUGGCUAAAGGACUGUGUCCCUGGGAUGGAGCUGAAGGUAGCUGAUGUGAAUGGAUUGGGCUCUGAGAUGCUUGGAAGAGGAGAGGACAUAGACACUUCUGGCCCUUCCUGCUCCCUCUGCUUACUACAACGCCAGCAAGAGGUCCUUCCCCUCUGCCCCAGUCCAUGUGUGUGACCUUUGCUGAUGGCCUGCCUGUGCUGUGCUUACAAUGUGCAUCAAUAAAUCACUACCGCCGGA